AUGAAAAGAAUUUGUCCACAAUGUUCUAGCUUAAGUAUAGAGACUCAUGAAGGAAGGGGUGAAACAAUAUGUACAAACUGUGGUACAGUAUUAGAGGAGAAUACAAUGGUGGAGGGAUUUCAAUUUAGUGAAUCAUCUAAUGGUUCAAUUCAAAUGGUUGGUCAUUUUGUUCCAUCUUCUGGUGUUAGAGGAUUUGCUCUUGUAUAUGGAAAUCGAGAAAGUCGUGAGCAUGUAUUACAAAGAGGGUAUCAUAAUUUACAGAGGAUAGCAGAUCAAUUACACCUUUCAGCUAGUCAUAUAGAGUCGGCUCAAAGAGUGUUUUUGAUGGCAGUACAAAGGAAUUUUACAAUUGGUAGGAAUAAUAUGUAUGUAGCAUCAGCUUGUUUAUAUGCUAUUUGUCGUCGUGAGAAAACUCCACAUAUGCUUAUAGAUUUUAGUGAUGUUUUACAGGCUCCAGUGAAAGUUUUGGGUCAAGUAUUUAUGAAAUUAUUACGUUUACUACGUUUACAUGUUCCAAAUAUAGAUCCAUCAAUGUUUAUGGAAAGAUUUGCUGCUCAGAUGAAUUUAGGAAAUAAAACUCAUUCUAUAGCUGCAACAGGGGUAAGAAUUGUACAAGCUUUAACGAGAGAUUGGAUUACAACUGGUAGAAGACCUACAGGUUUAUGUGGAGCUGCAUUACUUAUAUCUGCCCGUUAUCAUGGUAUACCAGUUAGUUCUAAUGAAAUAGCUCAAAUUGUUCGUAUAUCUUCUCCUACAUUAUUAAAACGUUUAGCAGAAUUUAAACAUACUUCUACAGCUCAAUUAACAGCUGCUGAAUUUGAAAAUACAGAUUUAUUAUCUCUUCCAGUUAUACGUGGUCCACCAUGUUUUGAAAGGAAUAAAUUAAAAGCUUUACAAAAAGAGAUUCAAAAAAAAGCUAUAACUAAUGGAGGUAAUAAAAAAUCUUCAAUUAUUAAAAAUAUUGAUUUAAGAAAUGAUAACUCUUAUAAUGAUUUAGAUAAUAAUGAUGAUUUAACAGCUAUAUCUAGUACUAUUAGUUCUUCUAAUUUAUCAGAUAAUACAGAAGAAGAUAAUAAUUCAUUAGCAUUCCCAAAAUUUAUGGGUGGUAUUGAAUUAGAUAUAACACAAGAUAGUUUAUGUAAUGAUGAACCUACUUCUCAAGAUAUUACUGUUAUAGCUUCUAAAUUAAUUAGUGCAAUUGAUAAAGUUGUAAAUGUAGAUCAGAAAAGUAAUAAUGAAGAAAAAUAUUUAAAUAAUGAGAUUAGUAAUUCUGAAAUAUUAAAUAAUGAUUCUGAAGAUAAUCUUCGACUAGAUCCUUUGAAAUAUUUAUUUAAUGAUUUAAGAAAUAUGUCUACAGAUAAAAAUUCAGUUGUAGAUGAAUAUGAAGAAAAUUCAUAUAAUAUUGUAAUUAAUGAGGAUAUUAAUUUAGAUAAUAGAAAAGAAGAUUUUGAUAAUCAAAUUGAGGAUUUAAGUGAUAUCAGUGACUCUGAAAUUAAUGAUUUAUUAUUAGAUGAUGAUGAGAAGGAGGCUAAGAGUAUUUUAUGGGAUGAAAUUACAAGGGAAAGUUUACCUUAUUCAUGGUUAAGAAAAAUUAAUAAUCAAGAUACUAAUAUUGAAGACAUUAAUAUAUCACCAGUUAUAGAUAAUCAAAAGGUACCUCAUAAAAAAAGAAAAUGUGAAUAUAAAAAUCAAGAUAUUACUGAUACAAAUAAUAAUAAAGACCAAAAACCAGAAACAGCUGUUGAAAGUAUACUUAUGGCUUUAGACAAAAAUAAUAAAGGUACAAAUAAAUAUCUAAAUUCAGAUACUCUAGCAAAAUUAUUUACUAUAUAUUAA